AAAAACAGUGGGUUCGAUGUACUACAAAUGUAAAAAUAAAUUUUGAAAAUGAUGUCAAUAUUAAUAAAUUAUAUGAUAGUGAAACAAUUAAUAUUCAACAAAAUUCUCUGAAGGAAAUUGAAGGAUGGGAAGUUGUUAUUAAGAAUUUAAAUGAUUCAUCAAACAUUGCUGAAGAUUUUUUUGACGAGUGGAAUAGGCACUUCUCUUUUCAAAAAUCUUGUGAAAUAUUUAAUGUUUGGAGAUCAUCUGAUGAACUUAAUUAUUCCUCUACAGAAUUGAAUUCUUCAACACCUAUUCAUCCAAAAGCUAUCUAUACUAGUAGACAUCACAAAUAUACAAAUCUUCCUGAUCCUGUAAAUUCAAUUAAAAUUCCACAUUUCGAUAUGGAAAAAUAUAGUG